CUGUUUGAAGCAGCUCAGAAGGUUGACAGCGACUUGAUCAGAAAGGCGGUCAAGAAUGGAGCUUCCAUCACUUCUCAAGACGAGUCCAUGUGCAUGUGGACGGCCUUGCAUUACGCGGCAGAGAACGGGUCUGUGCCGACCAUGCGCACGUGCUUGAGGCUGGGGGCAAACAUCACGGCGAGGAGCAGCCAGGGGCAGACGGCUCUGCAUGUGGCGGCACUGGAAGGGAAGAUAGAGGCGGUGAGGUACCUCCUCAAGAAGGGCAUCUUCGUCGACGAGCGAAACCUCUUUCAGUACACGGCUCUGCAUAUCGCUGCGUCUCAAGGGAACCUGCAGGUGGCUCGCAUCCUCCUUGACGCCGGGGCAGACAUCAACGCCCUGACCAUGGACGGCAACAACGUCAUCAAC